AUGAAGACUGUUGUGGAGUCAGAGGAGGAGGAGCAACAACCGACCAGAGACCCAGAGGAGGAGGAGGAGGAAGACAGAGAGCUGGAGAGAACAUUCAGAAACACUCAGGUGUCAGCUCCUCGUCAGCUUCUUCUGAGUCUGAACAUGGCCGACAGCUCUUCUCCUGAGUCUCACAGAACCAACUCAGCUGCUCAGAUUCGUCUCCUGUCCUUCGCCAACAACUUCCAGCGUCAGUUCUCGCACCUGUCCCCCGGGCGACGCCCCCUGCUGCUCGGCCCCAUCAACGAGUUUGGCGUUCAGAAGUUUGUGUCCACGACUCUUCGGGCCACGGCCACCGUCCAACCCGAGCUCUUCACCUGGGGGGGGUGCGCAGAGUUCGUGGCCAGCUUCCUGUCUCUGGAGCCUCUGGACUCCCCCGUCGACCUGCCCAGCUACCUGUUCUCUCCCGCCUCAGUGCUAGCCACUCAGAGAGCCACGUGUUUUGAGUUCGCCACCCUGCUGUGCAGCCUCCUGCUCGGGGUGAACUAUGACGCGUACUGCGUCAGCGGCUACGCAGACAGAGAGAUGUGUCUGCUCGACCAGAGCCUGCAGCACUGCCCCCUGCUGGACACUCCGGUCCAGAGUGUGAUCUCAGAGGAGUCACAAGAGAACAAAUACAAAGAGAAACCUCAGAGGUCGCUGAAGAGUCACUUUAUGACACAGGAAGAUCAGAAGAAGGAACCGAGCGCUGAGGCGGCGUUGCUCGAAAAUCUCAAACCUGAUGAGCCGAGCGAGCAGCGUCCUGCCGACCGGCUCCGGGGCCUCCGGCUGCACUGCUGGGUCCUGCUGCUGGCCGGGAGUCGCAGCGUCCAGGAGAACUUCUUCAUCGACCCGCUGACCGGCCUCAGCUACAGCACCGGCUCCGCCCACUUCCUGGGCAUCGAGAGCGUGUGGAACAAUCACAAUUACUACGUCAACAUGCAGGACUGCGGGAGCGGCUGCAGCGAGAUGGUGUAUGACCUGGAGGACGUGAACAUGUGGGAGCCGCUCUUGUUCGGAGCAACGUGCAAAAAGCAGCUGAUUCACGAGGUCUUAAAUAAGAAGCUGCAUAAGAUGAGCCAGGAUGAGGAGCUGGAGGAGCUGGAGGAGCAAGCGUUUGAGAUGCCGAGAUCCUGGGUCAGUGACAUCAGCAUCACAAAAAAAGACCUGGAGACUCGCUGGCCGGGAGGACACAAGCUGACUCGCUACAGGAAGGCGGAGCUGGAGAGGUUCGCUCCGUACCUGAGGCCGAACGGGCUGAUCACACGACUGGUUUCAUACAAAGACCUGGACUGCAAAGAGGUCCUCAUGGUGAAGGAGUGGUAUCAACACAGAACCGACCACCUGGAGGAGCGAGAGGUCAACAAGGUCGACAACGUGACCACAGAACGAUUCAAACGUGGACGGCGUUUCGACCUCUUAUUUCACAGGUACGAGUCCCUGUCCACGGACGGCGUGCACGAGAUGAAGUUCUGCAGCAUCCGUGUGGACAACCUGGUGCAGAGGCUGGUGUCACCGGGGGAAAUGACGGAGACCUUCCAGCGCCGCGCCGACUCCCUCUACUACAGGCGAGUCAACUUCGGCCGACACGUCCAGUUCACAGAAGAACACGUGAACUCAGAACCGGCCACACGCCUGAUCCAGGUGGUGGAGCGUUUCCACAGGAACUGCUCCAAACCGGCCAAUGAGGACGUGGCUGAGCGCAUCUUCCUGUUGGCGGAGAGACGGAUCGAGGUGACGUAUCACUUAGACGCCGACACAUUCAUCCCAUCGAACAGGAGCUUCAUCAAACCACGAGAGGCCACGGAGCAGAAGAAGGCUGAGGACUUCACACAGGACAUGGUGUCCAGCUUCAUGGUGGGCCUCUCCGAUACGCCUGUUAAGACCCUGGUUCUGUACGAGAUGCUGGUUUCUCUGAUGAAGGAUGAAGAGAUGGUUGUUCAUCAAAUUGAAGAAUCUCUGAAAGAGGUGAGAGACAUCGUGUCGUGCAGAGAGGAAGAGGAGGGAGACAUUCAGCUCGUCUUCUGUCCCUGGACGACCACAGGAGCUGCCAGGGCCCGCAGCAAGAGACAGGAAAUGGAGCGCCAGGCUGCGGAGGAGCAGAGUUGGCUGCAUGAGAAUGAGAAGGACAUCCUGGCUCCGCUCCUCAUGCGACUCGACUUCACAGACCCUCUGAGCGCUGAUGACGCCAAGGAGCUCCACCAGGAGUGUCUGUCUGAGUUCAAGCAGAAGCUGGUGGAGGACGCCAACCUGAUCCAGGAACGCUACCAAAAUGAGACGCAGGAGCUGCAGAAGAAACAACAGUGGUACCAGCAGAACCAGCUCGACAUGACGGAACAACAGGAGGACGAAUAUCAGACCUACUGCUCCGACAGAACUCGACAGAUACGUGUCGCCAUGAGACGACUCAAAAUGCACCAGGAAGAAGCUCCUCUAAAGUAUCGAGCUCUCGACGAGAGGCUGAGAGAAGACCCUCGAUUGGCUCCUCACCUGCUCAGCUGA